AGAUACAGACAGAAGGAGAGAGAGAGAGAGAGAGAGAGAGAGAGAGAGAGAGAGAGAGAGAGGGAGGUAGAGGGAGGAUGCUGGUCGGAUUUAGCUCUGCCACCGUCUUUUCACGUCCAACACAAGCUUAUUACCUUUCUCUCCACGCGCUUGGAAACGGAUUUACGCACACGAACGGAGGAGUCCACAGGACUAGUAGGAUGCUGAGUGUCUUUCGUCCUCGCCACCGUUCUUCGCUCUGCUCUCAAUGACCUGAGAGUUUCACCACAGCAGGAGGAACGACAAACCCAAGAGGAAGAGGAGGGCAGAAGGCCAGGGAAGGACAGAAGGACUCUACUUUUAUUUUUGUUGAUAUUUGGUUUCCCUUUCCAAAAUGGCGGCGACAGAGGCCUGUGCAGCGCCGGUGGUCCAGGAAGAUGGGAAAACCCCCGAGAACAAGGCGUCGGAAUCAGAGCAGUCGGCCAAUAACGCCAACUCAGAGACUGUCAAUAGCGAGGUCAUGGAUAAAGACGGUACAGCCGUCAACAGCGAGGUCGUGGAUAAAGACGGUACGGCCGUUAACAGCGAGGUUGUGGAUAACAAAGAGACUGUCAAUAACGACACAGCGGCGGCAGAGGAAGGAGAGGGAGGAGCAGCGAGUGGGGAGGCGGCGCCGCCUCCUCAGAGCUCUGAAAACGCCGCCACUGCUGAGCCCAAGACCUCGUUUCUGGACUCCUUCCUCAACAAAAGUGGCCUGGGGAAGGUGAUGGGAGGGAGGAAGAAGAAAGGAGGAGGAGAGGAGGGAGCAGCAGACGGAGGAGAGAAGGAGGGCGAAAAAGGAGGAGAGGAGGCUCCUGGAGCUGAAGGAGGAGGAGCAGAAGGAGGCGCAGAAGGAGAUGCAGCCAUUGAGAAAGCCCCUGAGAAUGGAGAGAAGGAGGAGGAGAAGAAGGGCAAAGCGGCGGAGGCCAAGAACACCGUCAGGGACCUGAUCCGGAAACCGGUGGCCAGGAUCUUCUCCCAUCGCAGCACCGACAAGAAGGACGGUACCGGCGCAGAACCCCAGAAACAGGUCAAGGUCCGGUCCAAGUCCCUGGACCGGUUGGAAGAUCCCGAAGCACUUAACACCACCGCAGACUCCACUGUAGCAGAGGGAGGAGCAGAGGGAGGUGCAGAAGGAGGUGCAGAAGGUGAACAGAAGGCCUCGUCCUCCUCAGCAGCUACCAAACACAUGAAGCGCUGGCACUCCUUCAAGAAGCUCAUGGCUCAAAAGGCCCACAAGAGGAGCAGUGGAGGAGGAGAGGAUGGGAAGGAGGAGGAGGGAGAAGGAGGAGGAGGAGACUCGUCCACAUUAGACUCCAAGGAGUCGGGGCAGAAGAGGUGGAAGCUGAAACGUUCCUGGACUUUCCAGGGCCUGAAGAGGGACCCGUCCAUGGUCGGCAUCAGCGGCAAGACUAAGAGCUCCGAAAAGGAGUCAGCGGACACCUCCAAACCGGAGGAGGUGGAGGGAGGAGGAGCCGAGGGCGGGGAAGAGGCGAAGGAGGGCGGAGCAGAAGAGGCCAAGACGGAGACCGGGGAGGAAAAGGAGAAGACUGAGGGAGCGGAGGAUGAAAAGACAGCGGCGGGAGGUGGGACGGUGACGCAACACGCCAAUGAGAUCUGGACCUCCUUCAAGAAACGCGUCAUCCCCAAGUCCAAACGCGCCAACACAGAGUGUGCCCCCAGUGGUGAGGAGGACGCAACUGCAGGUGAGGAGGGAACAGCUGACGAAGGCAAGGAUGGGAAAUCCGCCAAGGCCAAGCGCUCACAUUUUGGUCGGGCAGUUUCCCUGAAAAACUUCAUCCUGCGAAAGGGCAAGUCCACCAGCGUGGACAUGGGCGAGGGCGCCAAGGAGGAGGAGGAGCCAGCGGAGGGCGAAGGAGCCGGAGAUGCUGCAGAGGAAGGCGCCGCCGACGGCGAAACCGCCACGACGACUGGUGAGACCAACGAUAAAGGCACCGAGGAGAAGACUCCCGCAUCGGAGGAGGGCGGAGAGGAGGCGGAGAAGAAGACGGAGAAGACGCCGGCCGACGCCCCGGUGACCAACGGCGAGAACGGCUGCACCAAUGGCACAGUGGAGGAGAACACCACACACAAUCACAAGGAGGAGGAGAAGACGACGGGGAGCAGCCCUGUGAAGAAGAGCAAGGAGGGGGGAGGAGCCAAAGAGGAGGCCAACGCUAAGAUCAUCAACACCACGGCAACAGUGAACAGCGACAAAAAGGCGGAAAACGUGUGAGGCCACACAAAGAGGAUUAGAACUGCCCGGGAUUCGCUGAGCAAGGAGCUCUGAGCCCUCCCCUAACUCCUCCUCCAACUCCUCCUCCUCCUCUUCCUCCCUUCAUUCCUCCUCCUCCUCCUGAAUAAACAGAGUAAUCACAUGUUAUCAGAUCACCACGGUGAGAGAGAAAGAAAGAGAGAAAGAGAUGCAAUUUAUGUAGACGAGAAUAAUAAUAAUAAUUACUCAGAAAGCAAUAAUUCAAGGCCCUGUUUUUCAUAUUUCAUCUAAUCAUCCCUUCAUCCACCUCCGUCCAACACAUGCACACAUGACAACAUUCAGUGGUUUAGUUUUUAUUAUUUUCUUUGCUUGUCUGUGAGAUUUUAUAUUGUCUAUGACAGAAAAGUAAAGGCAGAAAUGU